CAUGGAGAGGGCAGAUGCCGACGUGGAUGGAAAAGGGAACAUAGCUACCCGGAACGAGGGGUAUGUAUCUUUAACCAAAGAAGACGGGGCCGAUUUGGAGCAGCAAGGCGCUGCGUCCUCGUCUCCAAAACAGCCAGCGAAGGAUACGGAGGAUGAGGGUGACUUUACGCCGAACUGUACAGAGAGAAUCGCUGCCUCGGUGAAACCUCCGUACUCCUACAUCGCUCUUAUCACCAUGGCAAUCCUCCAGAGCCCGAAGAAAAGACUGACUCUCUCGGAGAUAUGUGACUUCAUCAGCCAGCGCUUCCCGUAUUACGGGGAGAGGUUCCCGGCGUGGCAGAACUCCAUCCGUCACAACUUGUCCCUCAACGACUGCUUCGUCAAAAUGCCCCGCGAGCCAGGUAACCCCGGGAAGGGGAACUACUGGACGUUAGACCCUAUGUCGUCUCAUAUGUUCGAGAACGGGAGCUUCCUACGGCGGAGGAAACGUUUCAAACGGCAGAAUUACCGAUUUGGAAUGAUGGACACCCGGUGCCCGCUCGAGCGCAGCAGCGUGCUCCCAGGAUUUUCCUUCUACGGGACGAACGGAAUAGGGCCGUGUCAUUUUCAGGUACCCGGUUUGGAAUUGUACCGUCACUUGGGCAUCGAACAUCAUUCUGUUUCUAACCAAAGCAUCCCACCAGUGAGCAACAUCUUGCCCGCGCUCUCCUCACUUUUAUCAAGGAAUUCGAACGUUGUCCAAAAGACAUUUCUUCCACAUCCGUCUCUUAGCUUUGAGAAUUUCGAAACGACGCGCCGCUCAGCCUCCACGGUGGCCCAAGCUUUGGUCCCCGGAUCUUCAUUUCUGUCCCCGGCCUCGCUCCAUUCAAUGGGCGCUCCGCAUCUCUGGAGCUUUCAUCCCGAGUACCACAAACUACGCGCUCUCCCCAACUCCAGCCGUAUAGCAAAUGAACUCUUGCAGCAACUUGGUGACAAAUAGCUUAAUCAAUAGUGUUUUCUGUAUUGACGAGGAUUCAUCAGGGAAAACCACCUUUCAUAUAUUUGUAUCUAUUCAAUUAAACAAAUGC